CCAAUAUACUACUAAGCAACUGGUCCAUCAGCCUCACCAUGCUCGCCAGAUCCAUCUUCAGCAAGACAGCACGGGCCAGUCGCGCCUUCUCCGGAGCAACGGCCGCACGCUCAGAGGCCCUGUUCGUCCACCGCAAUACGCCAGAGAACAACCCGUCCGUCAAGUUUGCCUUUUCAAAGGAGAAUACGGCCCGCGCAGACCAGAUCCUCUCCCGCUACCCACCCGAAUGGAAGAAAGCCGCCAUUCUGCCCUUGCUGGAUCUCGGACAGCGUCAACUUGGAUGGACGAGUAUCAGUGUGAUGAAUGAAGUUGCUCGAUUGGUCAAUGUCCCACCGAUGCGUGUGUAUGAGUGUGCUACAUUCUACACCAUGUUCAAUCGUGAACCAGUCGGCAAGUACUUUCUGCAACUCUGCACCACCACACCCUGCCAGCUGUGUGGCGCCGACAAGAUUCUAGAUACAUUGAAGGAGACACUGGGUGUGACCCCGGGCCAUACAACAGAAGAUGGACUCUUUACGCUCGUUGAGGUGGAAUGUGCUGGAUCGUGCGUGAAUGCACCUACGUUGGCGGUGAAUGAUGACUACUACGAGGACUUGACACCCGCAACCACAUUGACGCUGAUUGAAGCGCUGCGACGUGGCGAACGACCACCUCCAGGCCCAGUCAGUGGCCGUCAGAGUUGUGAGCCAGCCGCUAGAUUGACAUCGCUCAAGGGUGAGCCUUGGAAGGCAGGAGACUUUGUCAGGGCAGAUUUGUAGGUGCCAGCACAAUAUCGUGUCUUUCCUUUGCAUUCUUCAUGUUCUUUCGAUACAGACCUUUGGCCGCUGAAAAGCAGAAACUGCUCAUAAAUACAGUAUGUGUCCAAUAAAUAGGAGGACUUUAAGUCACAAACAAGACGACUUUAUCUGUCCGACUGAGCAUCGCUUGGAAGUCAGAUUCCAUGGCAAUCUCAAGCCAACUGCCAGCAACCUCAUCCUUCCAUCGUAUGCGCGACCAAUCGCCAGACAGGCGUUCCUUGAGCUUAUCCAAGAGCCUGUCAAACAAAAUAUCACUCGGCACACGAAUGGCAAUCAAAUCAUCAUCAAAGUGAACCUUGACCUUGAGCAUGGCAACGUUGUUGGCAGCGUUUCCAGCACUGGAACCACGCGGCACACUGUUGUUGGAGAGGGUAGCACUCGGCAUCCUUUGGUGGUGA